UCGUAGUGGGAGGACGUUCUUCGCUGGCUCUCGUGAACACCUGUCUCUCUCUCUCGCUCACCUUCCCUGACGUUCGCAGCGGUUCUCUUUCAAAGCAGAGCCACUGUUGUUGUUUUCCCAUCGAGUUCAAGUGCGAACACCAUUCCUGGAUACCUGUUGAUGUGGAUUAAUGAGCAGAUCAGGUGCAAAUAGGUGAAGCUUGAUUGUUUGGCCAAAUUGGUGAAGGAAAUGAGAGAAAACUAAACACUCAAUUCUUUCACUGGAACGUUUUAAGCUUGUUGUUGGCACGAAGGACUGCGUGAUUGAAACUUCAUGUCCGUGGAUGAAAUGUUGAAAAGGAGGUGAUGGCCGUGUCCGUGGCGUGCGUGUCCGUGGCGUGACGAUGGACUUAGUGACACCCGAGGGACGCAUUGAACUGGUCUCCAUGUGUGUUUGUGCGUGUUUGAGGUGGUGACCCGUGCAAGCAGCCUCUCCAAGAUGACGCUAAGGAUACCAUCUCCAACACCGCCUUCGUCAUGGGAUCUCUCUUCCUCCUCCUCGCCGCCCCUCCUGCUGCUGCUGCUCUUGCUCCUCUCACAGCUGCCUCCUUGCUGGUCCCUCCCCCAAACGUUCCGCGUGAUGCCUGAGAACGUGGAGGUGGUGGCGGGAAGUGACGUCACCCUGCACUGCGAAGUGGAUAACCAGCAAGGCAACGCGCAGUGGACGAAAAGUGGAUUCGCUUUAGGCUUCAACCGCAGCAUCCCAGGGUUCCCUCGCUACACGGUGCUUGGGGACGAGGCCGCCAGUAUCCACAACCUCCACAUCACCAACGUUGAGAUGUCAGAUGAUGGGGAAUUCCAGUGCCAAGUUACACCUUUUGGCAAUGCGCGAGCCAUCCGUCACGCAGCCAACCUCACCGUCCUUUUGCCUCCUACGAGCGUGGAAAUCGUGGGCCACACUCCAGACGCCCUUAUCACUGUGAAGGCUGGCGACUCCCUCACUCUAGAAUGCCUCAUAAGAGAUUCCAAGCCUGUUUCCAGAGUCACGUGGUACAGAGGACACGAACCACUGAGACUAGAUUCCCAAGAUGACAAAAAGGAAACAUCUCCCACGGACUCGCAUCUUUCAUCUCUUCGCUCAAAGAUCACCUUCACGCCCACACACAACGAUAACGGUCUGGAUUACAGCUGCCACGCCCUCCACCCCGCCCUCACCCACUCCUCCGAGCAGCUUACCGCCAGAGUCACCCUCGACGUGCAAUACCCUCCCGGCGCGCCAGAGAUUACAGGGUACACUGAAGGGGAAACAGUGAGCGCGGAGACACAGAAGACCCUCACGUGCCGGUCCCGUGGAGGAAACCCGCUGCCGGAGGUGUUCUGGUACAAGAAUGGAGUGCAGAUCGACAAGAAUUUCAUCAAGCAUCGGAAGUACGCGGUGAAUGAGUACGAAUUUGAGGUCCAGGCGUCCGAUAACUUGGCUAAAUACGAGUGCCAAGUAUCCAAUGUGAUGACUAGCGAGCCCAAGACAGCGGAGAUUCAGCUGAGUGUGCAUUUUCCUCCUUCUCAAGUCGCCAUCAACGGACCGACUGAAGCCAAGGUAGGGGACAUCAUAUCCAUCAGCUGCGUUGCGGAGAAUUCAAACCCUCCGUCAGAUGUAAACCUCGUGAUCAGCGGACAGACACCUCCCGGAGCCACCUCGAGGACUUACAAGGUGGAGCACGGCGGCUGGAACACAGUGACCAAUUUGACGAGCUACGAAGUGAGGUCAAUAAAAUCAGACCUCACUGUCAACUGUUACGCUCUCAAUCAAGCGCUCGGCUCCACCAAGAUCAGUACUCAAGUCGUCAGGGUGUUACGACCCCCAGAGCCACCAGUUAUCAUGGGAUACGAACCCGGGACGCUGCUGAAGAAGGGAGCAUCCAAAAGGCUCUCCUGCAUUAGUACAGGAGGCAACCCACUGGCGACGCUCACCUGGUUCAAGGGGUCCCAGGAACUUCCCUCAGUCACGCGCCACGAGGCAGGGAACGCUAUCGCAGACCUGGACAUCGUAGUGAGCGAGUCGGACAACAAUGCCGAGUACCGCUGCGAGGCUACAAAUUCCGCCACUGAGGAAGCCCUGUCCAACUCCACCAGUCUCAGUGUCACGUUUCCUCCGGCUGCUGUGAAGGUAUCAUCGGAGCCCAGAGAGGUGACUUCCAACACUGAAACGACCCUUGUUUGUGAAUCUGCCUCCAGUAACCCCAAGGCGAAUGUUACCUGGUGGAGGGAUGGCUUCGAAGUGGGGCCAGGGGAGUCUAGUGUGAAUCCAGGACAGUUUGGAGGCUUCACAACCACGUACAGCGUCAAGGUGAACGUGACAGCUGAUGACAAUGGCGCCGUGUUUACCUGCCAGGCGGAUAACCAGUUCGGCACCACGACUCAUGACGCCAUCACUCUCUCCGUCAUGUACCCGCCGACUUGGGUAAAGAAACCGGAGAAGGAGAUUUCGGUGAAGGAAGGCAGUAGUAUAGAGGUGAACGUGAGCGCUCAAGGGAACCCAAAUACAGUCACGUACAUUUGGCGUCGUGGAGAGGAAGUAGUGAAGGCAGACUCCUUCCUCAACAUCUCCAGCGUGACGAGAGACCAAACUGGAACCUACACUGUGGAAGCAACCAACUCACAGGGCACCGUAGCAGCGAAUCUCACCCUCAAUAUUAAAUAUGGCGCCACAAUCAGCUCUAUCUCAGGCGGCAAGAACCUUAGUGUGGGUGAGACAGUAACCUUAAUCUGCCGGGUGGACGCGAACCCAGACCCUGACAUCAACUGGGUUCGAGAAGGAUAUGACUUCGGCAGAACGGAGCAUAAGAAACACGUGUCGCAGAACGUGGUGGAGAUGACUCUGCGUAACGUGACGGUGGAGGACACGGGGAUCUUCAUCUGCAGCGCCAAGAACGAGAUCGGAGAGGCGGCCACAGCAAGCACGGCGGUCAUUGUUAAACACAAACCAAUCAUCGAUAAGUCCGCUAAGUACCAGAAGGCUGCGGCUGAGGCAGAGAAGGAAGCACGACUCACCUGUAGAGCGUCUGGUGCCCCCUUUGUCCACUUCACCUGGUACACGAGGGAGAACACGCCCAUUGAACCAGCUAUCUACUCUCGCUUCGAUGACAGAUACAGCGUCGAAACUUCUCAGCUGGUGGACGGCCUGGUGACGUACGAGAGUGUUCUGCAUAUCAAGAACGUGACGAAUAAGGACUACGGGUUCUUUGAGUGUCUGGCCCACAAUCCUCUCGGCUCUGCACGAACUGCCAUACAUCUAGACAUCACUAGCAGACCAGACACGCCCCUCGAUUUGAAGGUGCUAAAUUUCACUCACAAUUCCGUGGAGUUGACGUGGACUCCGAGUUUUGACGGUGGACUGCCGCAGAAGUACAGGGUUCGAUACCACGUGACCGGCACCGCAAGAUACCAGUACACGGACGUCUAUCCUGAGAACGUCACCACCUUCACAGUAACUGAUCUGCGUCUGGGCACCACCUACUCCUUCAGCGUCCUCGCCUACAACACGAAGGGCGACUCGGAGUUCACAGAGCAGGACGUCCAGGCCACCACCUCCAGUACCCCGCCCCUGACUGAGGUAGAGCGAGCCAUCUCAAGAGUCCUGGCUGAUAAGGCGGACUUACCUCGAGUUGUGACCUUAUCUGUGUCGACUGUGGGAGGAUUACUGGUGCUGGUCAACGUGGUGCUCGUGGCCUGCGUGCUGCACCGUCGCCGCCGCCGCCAGGGUAGCCAGGCUUCGUCUGAUAAGGGAUCCAGCAAGAGCACCACUAUAGAAAUGUAUGCCCCGUCCUCCUACACUGGCACUGUGACGGGGGAAACGCUGUCCUCGAUCUCAGAGAAGUCCCGGGAAAGUUACACACACGAGGACUCCGCGGACGAAUACGAGGCGGAGGCGGCGCGGGUCACGGCCACCAGUACUUACCUUAUAGAACAGCUGGAGCCACCCCGCAGACGCCAGUCGCCCCCGCCCCACAUCCUGCCCCCGCCCCCAUCACACAAUGACCUGAACAUGGAUGACGCCUACGAUGAUGUGCGCAGAAACCAGUACAAUGCUGCGUUGGCGGGGACGGGCGGCUACGGCACUCUGGGGCGCCGCACCACCACGCCCGACCACUACAACAUCCCUGCCACGGACCCCCACUACCCCCUCCCUACCCGCUACAACACAUACCAGCCGCCCACCCACGCCCCGCUCACCGCCCACACCCACUCCCUCACGCAGAAUAACGGCUCCCUGCGGAGGAACGCGCCCUCGAAGCUCCACUUCCCCAAGGAUUACAUCCGGAACGGGUCGAUGAACAUCCCGGUGUCCUCCACGUCGUCUCCUGCCGGGGGCGUGGCGGGCCAGUACCCGCCACAGUCACCCACCCGCACUCACCCGCCGCCGCAGCCACCCAUGCUCUCCACCUUCGCUCCUGAUGCUGUCCAGUCCCCCGCGGGGAGUGGCGUCCCCCUGGAGCACCGGGGGCACCUGGUGUGAGGCGGGGCGGGUAAAGACUAAAGAAUUAAGUUGGACAUACACUGGAGAAGGGUGAGGGGCCCCAGUGCACACCAAGCGGCCCCGGCGGUGCGUCCAGUCGCGGUGACAGACAGGUGCCAGACUCCCGCCCCGCCCUGCCCCUCCCCCGGCCCCCUCCCAGGUACGAUGAACGCUACCUGUUGACGCCGUGGCAGCGCCUCGCGGCGGAGUGGCUCAGGCGGCGGCUGGCCGUCACGAGGGACCGUCCCUUGAAUUAACUUUUUUUCUGUGAUGGUGAGCGAAGCGUCGUGACGUCAAGGGAGCGCAGGUGUGGUGUUGGCACUCCUCGGCACCGGCACUGACACCGGCACCUGGGGACACCGAGAGGCGCCCGAGGCGUGUAAGUGUGCAGAGUCAGAGUGCCGAAGUGGAAGAGGCGGCGGAAAAUCAAUUCAGGCGAUGUGUUUCAGUGUGAGUGUGGCGGUGAAGAGUGACACGCGACGCACGCCACUGAGAGAACCAGCAACCACCUAAAGGACUGCCAGGCGGCGGCGUGUCGGGCGAUGGAAGUGGCAGGGUAGUGGUGGAGGCGGCGAUGGCUGUAGCGGCUGGGCAGGGAGGGAGGGAUCCACGCCAAUCAGAUUUGGUGUAUAUCCCCUGAUGGACCUAUCAAUGGAAGCCCCAGCCAACCCCACGCAUUCCCCACAGCCCCCACAGCCCCAGCUGAGAGCGGUGGCAUUCAGCCCUCUCUGCGCUGCUCCCUCGACACCAGCAGUGAAAAUUCAUGGAGGAAGGAGGACGAGCAGCAGGAGGAGGCGGAACAGAAAAGGACUCGCUGUAUAGUGAGUAACGAUGCAACGAACCCCAGCCUCCCACCCUGCCACGAAGGGAGGAGCAGACGGGGGUAGGGGACCACCGUACCUCCUGGAGCCCUCCCGAGAUCCUCAGUGUGUGUGUGUGUGUGUGUGUGUGUGUCCCAAGCCGCGUCCCUUCACGGCAUGUGUCCCAUGUCCCAACGCCUAAGAAACUCUAAAAGCACAUAUCAGGAACUUUGCUUAAUCCCGUGCAGGACGUGGCAGCGAGAGGCGGUGUGAGACAGACAGACAAACAGACAGAGACAGCAUUGUACAAUUCUUUUUUUUCCAUUCACCUAUUCCUGACACACGCCAGUGCUCAAAAAUGUGAUGUAAGAUAAAUGUAAUCCUUAGAGAAAUAUUUCCCCUGUUCACUCGACUUUCACACCCGGGGAAGGUCAGCCACUCACGGCCCUCUGAAUGUUGCGUCAUGUCCUCCACUCACGGGCGAGGACCUUCCAUUCACGGUCCGCGUCCAUCUCCUCACCCGCUAAAGCACUACACGCAGCAGCGGCCACGUCAGGACCCCAGGCGAUGAGGGACGCGCCGCGGCCGUGUACGCCUCCAGAGCUGCUGUGUACGUGUUGACAUGUACGUACGUGUUAUAUACCAGCUGUGUUAUCAUCGUGGGUUUAGUCAACAUUUUGUGUAUAUGAGUGUCCCGGCCUGUGGGUGUGUGGGAGUGAGCCGAGUGGCGCUGCUUUGUGACGCUGCAGAGAGAGCGAGAGAGAAUGAGUGAAAGAGUGAGAGAGAGUGUGUGUGAUGAUGCCUGUUGCGGCCUCUGUGUAUGAGUGUGUUUGUGUGAAAGUGAGGGAAGAGUCCGAAGCAGUGUCGGAUGCUCGAACAAGACAGCUGGAAGUGCCUUGUGAGGGCCCAAAGCCUCAGUCCAGCGUGGAGGACCCGCGGGCUGGCGAUGCCCUGCUGCUCCUUCAGUCUUGGAGCAGGAAGGCGAAGUAGGAAGAGUCAGAAGGGCCGAGGAACGCCAGGGAUCUCCGCGCCGCUCACCCUCACGCAGCACCGCCAAGGGAGUGACGAGUGUGAGCAAGUCCUUUUUCUUAGUUUUGUUGUUCCGUCUCAGUAUUUGUAUUCUUAGUUCAAAGUCCACGCUGUUGUGAUGAUGCAGGAAGGAAGGAAGGAAGGAAGGGCGUGGCUGUCGGAAGCUUGCCUUGCCGCCACUGACAUGUAAAUUAGCCUCUCAUGUUUUUGUUUUGUGGUUUAAUGCAAAUGACUGUUGGUGAUUUGCACGUUGGUUAUUUGUUCCAGCGAGGCCUUUCUUUGUUUCUCUAUUUCUCAUUCUCUAUUUCUCCCUCUUUCUUAAAAUGCCAUUACUUAUUAGCAAAGAGAUGAAAAGGGAAAACUCAUUAUAAACCAAAUGUUUGAAAAGUAAUGUAAUCAUGUUUCAGAAAGUUACUUGCUAUUGAGAUAAUUAUCCGGCAUAUAGGACAUAAUGUUAAAGAUUCAUGAAACUAAUUACAUAGAAAUAAAUUGACAGGUAACUCGGCAAUACCUGUGUUUUGCAAUACGAGAAGUUAGACUGAAUUACCUAUGGACUCGAUAAUAACACAAAAUAUUUACCAUUUCAACUAUGAAUGAAAAAUAACACAUGAUAUUUUUCACUUCUUUUUUUUUUCUUAAGCUGGUAAUGAAAUGCAAAGACUAACACAUGAACGAAAUGUCAAGAGAAACGUUUGUAAUAUUGAGGUCAGCGGUGUGAGUGGGAGGAAACAGCGCACCUUUCAUUGGCUCGCUGGUGUUGUCUCGUCACUCCCUCUGUCUCUCUCUCUCUCUCUCUCUCUCUCUCUCUCUCUCUCUCUCUCUCUCUCUCUCUCUCUCUCUCUCUCUCUCUCUCUCUCUCUCUCUCUCUCUUCUGUUGGCGGCCACAGGUUCGAGUCAUUGCUGUUCUCCCUUCGCGGAACACAGUCUUUUAUUCCACCUGCGUUAAAAUUCACUGGAGUGGUUUUUAUUUUAUUUUUUCCAACCUAUCCCUUCCUCUCCGCAACACACACACACACACACACACACACACACACACACACACACACACACACACACACACACAUUUUUACCCAGUACAUUUUUCGCUGAGACCCUUUUAGUAUUGGACUCCGCUACUCGCUUCCACCUCUCACUCCACCCGUGCCACACACCACUCACACCACACACCACACACCACUCUCCUUCUACCCUCUCCCUCUCCCACACUCUUCGACCUCUCCUUUCAGCUUCUCCUCUCCUCUCCUCUCCUCUCCCUAAGGUGAAAUAACACGGUUGCCUCACUAACGUACAGAAGGAUAGGUAAAUAUUGGCGUUCUUGAGUUAAUUUGGUCAUUUUGUUUCUCUCUCUCUAUUAAGUCUCGUUUUCUAUUGACGCCGCGAAAAAGAAAAGGUAAAGAAAAAGGUGUGAAGAAAGAAUACUUGUUUGUUUUGUUUUGUUUUGAUUUUUUUUUCUCUCUCUCUCUUUCUCGUUGGUGUAAAGAAAGAAUGCUGGCUAUUUUUUUUUCUCUUUUCUUUGUGCUCUUUUUUUUGCCUCAUUCGGGAACUUUUUAAAGCAAUCUAGUAGUAUAAUUGACUCCAGCUGCCCACUAACUCUCUCUCUCUCUCUCUCUCUCUCUCUCUCUCUCUCUCUCUCUCUCUCUCUCUCUCUCUCUCUCUCUCUCUCUCUCUCUCUCUCUCUCUCUCUCUCUCUCUCUUUCUAGCAGCGUUGGAAUUCGUAUCAAAUUUUGAGGUGAACUGCCACCGACGGCCAUGAAUUUCCUCUUUUUUUUACUUUUUUUCCUUCUUUUCUACUUUUAUUUAUUUCCUUACCACUUAAAAUCCCAAAGCUCUUUUUUUUUCUUAUAUAUAAUUUUGGCUGAAGUUUUCCCCCAUCAGUUUUCAUUUCUCUCUCUCUCUCUCUCUCUCUCUCUCUCUCUCUCUCUCUCUCUCUCUCUCUCUCUCUGGGCAAAGAAAUUCGAGUAUUGUAUUAAGUUUUCUAUUUUUUUAGGUACAUUCUUUCAGUUGACAGUUUUUCGAAGCAUUUAUUUCAGUUUAUGUUCUCAUUUUUAUUUAUUUAUUUUUUUUUUUUUGCGCAGUUGUCUUUGGUUUUUGAAAGGCAUCAGUUUGUUUCAAGGUGGCGGAUUGUUCAAGUUAAUUCGCGGGUCCUUUCAAACGUCCAACGUUUGGUUAAUUAUUUGGUUUUCACUGAGAGCUUUCGUGAAAUGUUAGACAAACGUUUGGUCAAAGAGAGAGAGAGAGAGAGAAGAGAUUUUGAUAGCCGCAGCCAAACAAACGUAGAAUCAAGAAAACUAAUUAAAAAAAGUAAGCAAAUCAUGUUUUUUUUUAGUAAUUUCCAUGAAUAUCGUCAUAAUGGGACAAGAGAGAGA